AUGAUGAAUACGGGUUGCGAAGGUAGCUCAACGUCAAACUAUGACCCAGUCACAAAAAUUCAUCGGCGUUCCACAAGAAGAGUCGUUGAAGCAAAAAGAAAAGCUCGUCCAGAGCUCAACAAUUAUGGAUGGAAUACGCUCGGUUUUGCUACUUCGUUCGACUUGCCACCAAUUACAGACACCAUUAUCAGGUUAAAUGGGUCAGAAAUUUGUUUGGAAGAGUUCCGUGAGAAUUAUGAGAAACCACGAAUUCCCGUCAUUAUUACAGGGCUCACCAGCAAUUGGGCUGCUCAUGAAAAAUGGACUCCUGAAAGAUUGUUGAAAAAGUACCGCAAUCAGAAAUUCAAAUGUGGAGAGGACGACGAUGGGUAUUCUGUAAAAAUAAAGAUGAAGUAUUACUACGACUACAUGAGAACCAAUGACGACGACUCACCGCUUUAUGUUUUCGAUAGCAGUUUUGGAGAGCGCCACAAGACCAAGAAAUUGCUUGAAGAUUACGAGAUUCCAAAAUUUUGGGAAGAUGAUCUCUUUCGGUACGCCGAGAUGAAAAAGCGUCCUCCGCACAGAUGGAUCGUUUUUGGACCGGCUCGUUCUGGAACGGCUAUUCAUAUUGAUCCUUUGGGAACCAGCGCGUGGAAUGCUUUAAUACAUGGGCACAAAAGAUGGGUUUUAAUUCCACCAGAUGCGCCGAAGGCUCUUGUAAAACCAAUGAAGCAUGAAGCUGGAAAGCACCCCGAUGAAGCUGUUACAUGCCUUUUGUUUUUAGGGGUUCGCUCGUCAUCGUGGCCAAAAGAAUAUCCAAUAAUCGAAUGUCGACAAGCACCAGGGAAGUUAUGUUUUGUUCCUGCAGGUUGGUGGCACGUGGUUAUCAAUGAGUCUGUCACUGUUGCAAUCACACAGAAUCUUUGUUCGAUUGCCAACCUGCACAUUGUUUGGCCCAAGACAGUACGAGGUCGACCGAAGUUCAGCAAACAUUGGUUUAAAAGAAUUAAAAGCGAACGUCCGGAACUGAUUUCAAUUAUGGAGGCCUCUGAAGCAACGCCACAAGAUGAAAAUUCUUCGAGUGAUUCUUCAUCAUCUUCUUCAUCAAGUGAUGACUCCGACUCCGAUUCUGGCAACGAUGAUGGCGUUGAGAAACGAAUGCAAGUGCAACGAAAGAGGCGGCAUAGUCAAACGAUCUCAGAAAAUAAAGUGGCUUGUGCGAGCAAACUUGGACGGAGCCCUGAAAGAAAACAG